GUGCAGAAGUCUCAAGAAAAAUUAAGAGGCUUUCCCAGCUUGCAAAAGAUAAUAAGCGAGCUCAAGAAGUGCAGAACUUGCGGUCCAAUGUAGAUAUAGCAAAAGGCUUGGAAACAUUGAAGUCUGAAAUGUCUGAAAAGCAUGUAGCUGAGAUUCUUGGAAAGACAUGUUUUCUUUUGUUGUCAUGACAAUGGAAACAGCUGUAAAAUCAUGGCAUGAGACUUCGAAAGUGGAUCCUAGAGUCUACUUCCUUCUCGAUAAGGAGAAGACCCAGACUGAUAAAUUUGCUCCAGUUGUCAAUAUUGACAAGGCCUUUGAAUCACCUCACACACACAGCAACUGCUUUUCAUUUAUUAGGCAGUACGCUGAAGAUUUUUUCUCUAGAGCAGCAUCCUUAGUUGCGCCUAAAAGUAUCAUAUCUUAUCCACAGGUCUGGAAAGGUCAGGGUUCAAGGAAGUGGAAACAUGGGCAACAUGAUGGUUUCUUUGUUCAAUUUGAGUCACCGAUCUUGAGAAAACUAUGGUUUAUUUCAAGUUCCUAUGAGAUGGGGAAGACAUUGUGCAGGGAUCCGGAGGUUCUAGAUAUAGGUGCACACGAAGUACUUCCUCGCCUUUUCAAAGAAAAGCUGUCCAAGUCUUGACGAGCCUUUAUCUUAGGCUGAAGGAAAUAGCCAGACGAACUGGUGGGACUUUGAUUGCAAGGUUACCCGACAACAGAGUUCUUGUUGCUUUGCGCUGGACAUGAAUUUCCUUUUUAUAUGUUUAAACUCGCCAGCUAGGUACUUUUUUGGAGCCACAUAGCACUCAUGUUCUUGAUUUUGAAAAUUUUCUAAAGAAGUUUACGGGCCUUUUACGAGCUAUAGCAUUUUAUGGGUGUUUCUUGAAAUUGAUUUCUUGCAUUUGGUGGAUUCAUGAGUUUCGGUUCUCGAGUUAGUUUUAUGAUCAAUUCUUGUUCCAUACUUUUGUGUUAGAUGUUGGAAGAACAGCAAAGCUAGUUGGUGCAGUAACUUAUUAUUUUGUUUUCUGUUGUAAUUAUAUAUUGAAAUUUACCAAGAAUGACCUAUGUAGCU